AUGACGACCUACAACAUCGCCUCCAUCCCCGGCGACGGCAUCGGCACCGAAAUCACAGAAGCAGCCGAAGCAAUCCUCCUCAAGCUCGCCUCCGUGGUAGGAACCUUCAACUUCAACUUCACCACAUUCGACUGGUCCUCAAAAGCCUACCUCGAACGCGGCUGGUACAUGCCCGAAGAUGGCAUGCAACAGCUCGCGAAACACGAUGCGAUCUACUUCGGCGCCGUAGGCUGGCCCUCAGUGCCCGACCAUAUCUCCCUCUGGAACCUGAUCCUGCCGAUUCGCAAGUACAACAAUCAAUACGUCAAUGUCCGGCCCACGAGGAUCUUACCCGGAACCACGGCUCCGCUCGCACAGUGCCAGAAACGUCCGCAAGACCUCGAUUGGGUCAUCAUUCGUGAGAACAGUGAGGGCGAGUAUGCCGGUCAAGGUGGCACGACGCAUGACAAUAGCCCUCACACUGUCGCGACGGAAGUGGCCAUUUUCACCCGUGUGGGCAUCGAAAGGAUCGUACGAUUUGCAUUUGAGACGGCGAAGUCCCGGCCGAGGAAGUUGUUGACCAUGGUGACCAAGUCGAAUGCGCAGAGGCAUGGUAUGGUGUUGUGGGACAAGGUGUUCUAUGAGGUGGCCAAAGAGUAUGAGGGAAUCGUGAAGCAUGAUAAGAUGCUCGUUGAUGCAAUGACGGUUCGGAUGGUGAACAAGCCGGAGAGCUUGGACACGAUUGUCGCGACGAACCUCCACGCCGAUAUUCUGAGUGACCUCGCAGCCGCGCUCGCUGGUUCGAUUGGUAUUGCACCUUCGUCCAACGUCGAUCCUACACGGCAGUACCCUUCCAUGUUUGAGCCUAUCCACGGCUCAGCACCCGACAUUGCGGGCCAGGGCAUUGCAAAUCCAGUGGGAGCUUUCUGGUCGGCGGCGGAGAUGGUUCGGUGGCUCGGUAAGGGUGAGCUCGAUCAAGUCGCAGAUGACUUGAUGCAGGCCAUCGAGAACGUAACGAGUAAUCCUGAGACCCGGACCAAAGACAUGGGUGGCUCGGCAUCCACGCAGCAGGUGACGGAUGCUCUGCUAAAGCAGAUCGAGGUCGUUUUCGGGAAGAAGUAG